UAUCCUAUUCCCGGCUAGCUAGCGAGCGAGCUAUAUAUACGGCCGAUGAGACACACUUCUCCGUGGCAUCAGAGAGCGCCGGACACGCACUGACCGACAUGGUGUCUCACUCUCACCUCGAGAUGGGCGGCGCGGCGGGGAUCAAGCUCUUCGGCAAGGUCAUCACGCGGCAGCCGACACGCACGGGCGCAGACGGCGGCGUGGUGGCGUCCAAGACGCAGCAGGCGGCGCCCGUGUCGUCGUCGUCGUCGUCUUCGGGGCGCGGGAGCGCCGAGCAGCUCGAGGAGGCCGCGAGGGCGCGCGCGGCGGCGGCGGAGGCGCGGCUGCCGUGCCCGCGGUGCCGGAGCGAGGACACCAAGUUCUGCUACUUCAACAACUACAACGUCAACCAGCCGCGGCACUUCUGCCGGGCCUGCCACCGCUACUGGACGGCCGGCGGCGCCAUCCGCAACGUGCCCGUCGGCUCCGGCCGCCGCAAGAACCGCCCGGUGCUUCAUGGUGCGUCCACGGUCAUGAGUGUUGCCGACCACCACUUGGCGGGACCGGCGUCUCCGGGGAUGCCGAAUGGGCUUGGCUUCCACCCCGAUCAUGGAUGGUCUCAGGCCGUCCCGCCGCCGGCUUACCUCGGCCACGGAGAGAUGGAGCAGUGCUGGUGGCUCGUUCAUCAGUACCCAGCCCAAGGUCAGGUCAACGGGGACGUCCAACUAAGCCCUUCGUCUCUGCGGAUCAACCAAUACGCAUGAAUAAAAUUUAUAUUUGUUGCCGUCUGUCCAACAAUGUAAAAAGUUGCAAAUUCAGGCUUCCCAGCUCCUGUCGAUUGAAACUUCGGGUUUGCUAUUUCUCAAUCGAUCGAGGAAUAGAUAUAGCUCAAUGGAUGCUAUAGUGGUCGGAUUGUACGCAGAGAUUCGUUUUUUUU